AUGAUGCGCGUCUUUCUUGUUCAGACGGCGCAGGGACUGACCCCCUCGUCGGGCGGCUACAAGGCGAACAUCAGCCUUCUCCGCACCCUCACCAACCAAGGCCACGCUGCCGCUCAGAUCUGCUACGGCUUGGAGCACGAGGUCGAGCAAUUCGCCCGCCGCGCUGAGACCAAGGGCGUCAAGCCCAACAUCACCGAGUCAAUUCUGCCCGUCGUUGAUCCCAAGGGAGUCACCCAUCAGCUCUACAUCAAGACGUUCACCGACGAGGACCAGAUCCACAAUCGUGAUGAAUUGAGCAGCCGCAUGCAGACCCUGAUCCGCCUCUUCUCGGAGCACAUCGCCAAGUUCAAGCCGACCCAUGUCGUUUUCAACGACCCGAUCACCAUGAAGAUCACCGCCUUCCACCCCGAUCGCGACACUUUCAAGCGCGUCAACAUCAUUCACACGGCCGAGCAGCUUCCCUUCGGACCUUUCUGCGCUGGGGUUGAUGGCCACUGCCUGUCUCCUGCGGUGGAGAACGAGAUGCUGCGCGGCCUUGAUGGAGUUUGGGCCGUGUCCAAGGCUGUUCAGGAGUAUGCUUGGGUGCACGGCAAGCUUGAGACGAAGUUCCUUGUCCAUCCUCCCCUGACCUACCUGGAUAAGGAAACGGGAGGCAUGCCAGUUGUGCGCCACAACAUCGACAAGGAUGAGAUCGGCAUGGUCAACCCCUGCCCUCACAAGGGACUCUCCAUCCUGGUUGCGCUUGCCAAGAAGUUCCCUCACAUGAAGUUUGUCACCUGGAAGAGCUGGGGCUCUCGGACCAUGCAUAUCCAGCAGCUUGAGGCUCUGCCCAACGUGAAGAUUGAGCCGACCACUCAGAACACUGACGAAAUCUGGGAUCGCAUCAAGGUUCUUCUGGCACCCUCGCUGUGGUAUGAGGCUUGGGGCAUUGUCGUGACUGAGGCCCAGCUGCGCGGCAUUCCCGUCAUUGCAUCCAACGCUGGCGGCCUUCCCGAGGCCAAGAUCGGUAUCCCGUACUGCAUUCCCGUGAAGGAGGUUACCGGUGAGCGCCAUGCCAAUGGAGACUACGUGGUGCCCGAGCAGGACAUCGCGCCCUGGGCAGAGGCCCUGGAGACGGUCAUGACGGACCGGGACGCCUACCAGGACCUGGCAACUCUCACUGCCACCAAGGCAAGCGAGUGGCUGCGUGGAAUGGAUCCCCGCGCCCACGAGAAGUGGCUCCUCUCGAUGAUGGAGCAGCAGUAA